GGAACACUUUCCAUUCACACCUCACAACCCACGAUGCCUUCAAUAGGGCCCACGAUGCCGCCGCACCUUUCUAAGCGCAGUCGCGACGACGAAGAUGAUCGCGCAUCGAGUCCGGAAUCCGGCGACAAGCGCAGACGAGUCGUCGGCCCAGCACCUCCACCUUCCGCAUCCUCACCUCGACGCACAGCUGGCCCUUCACUACCACCAGACGCAACAUCACGAUCCAGCAGCGUGGACAGCGACGUCGGCCCUGCACCUCCACCAGCCUCGAAGCCAGCGCGCGUAGUUGGGCCAGCUCCACCACCGGCGCCUCUGGACGAGCGGCCGCCCAACCCACCAGACAGCGAUUCCGACAGUAGCGAUGAUGACUUUGGGCCCGCGCCGCCACCAGCUGGAGGUGCAUCCUCAGGCUUCGACAACGCCAUGGGCAAAUCGGCAUUCGACACGGAACCGCAAUUCACCGACGCUCCGAAGAAGGCACAGCGCGACGAAUGGAUGACACUGCCGCCGACGCAAGACGACCUUGCCGCCCGAAUGGACCCCACAAAGAUGCGCGCACGCAAGUUCAAUACAGGCAAGGGUGCAGGAGGGACAGGAGGCAUGAGCAGCGCAUGGACCGAGACACCAGAGCAGAAGCUCAAGCGUUUACAAGACGAGGCCUUAGGCAUAACCGCGCCCACCAACUCUGCGCCCGCCACAUCGGAAUCCAAGCGCAGUAAAGAAGAGGAGAAGAGAGCUCGCAAGAUGCGCGAGAAGAUCGAUGCGACACGCGGCAAGAGUCUUGUCGAGCAACAUCAAGACAAGGGCACGGGCAAGGAGAAGGAGGACGAUCCUAGCAAGCGCGCCUUCGACUACGAGAAGGACAUGGCUGUGAGCGGCUCGCUCAAUCACAAGCAGAAGCGGGAAAUGCUCAGCAAGUCGAAAGGUUUCAGCGAUCGCUUCUCGAGCGGCAACUUCCUGUAGCCGCCAUACAUAGACCUAUGAACAGCACGAUUCGAUCUACUCUGUCUGCGACUUUGCUGGCCUUCAAAUCGCCCGACUGUCCUCAACCAUGUCUUUGCUGGGACCGACACACUCUCCGUGAAGUACGAUGAGCAAGGCGCAGCGACGACUCACGCCGCAUUCAAGUCGGAUCGGGCACUGUAUGGCUUCCGCUCCGGUCAAAGGCGUAGUGUAACGGGAGCUUUUUCUAUGCGCAGAAUGUACCACCACACACCGAUUGGGCGAUUGUCUCCAGGCGCUACCAGAAUCGCGGCGUCCAAUCUCUGAUUGGCUCGAUAUACGCGGACGACGGAACUCGCCGCGGGCCUGAUGCAACCGCAGCGCGCCUUGACUCACAUCAC